AUGAAGCAAGUGAAAAGUAUUGCUGUGUGUGGAGGCAAGCUGCUACAAUUGAAGCAUGCAUCCGAAGUAUUGCACUGUGAGAUGGACGUCAAUGUUUAUCUACCAAAGCAGUACAAUACCAACAGCCAGGGGAAGAAGAUUCCAACCAUCUACUACUUGUCAGGGUUGACAUGCACUCCACAAAAUGCCAGUGAGAAGGCCUUUUGGCAAGCCCAAGCUGAUAAGUACGGGUUCGCCAUGGUAUACCCAGACACUUCUCCAAGAGGUGACGAUGUUGCCGGUGAUCCCGAAGGCAGUUGGGACUUUGGAAAAGGUGCUGGGUUCUAUAUCAAUGCUACGAAGGAGCCAUUCCAAAAGCAUUACCACAUGUUUGACUACGUCCACAAGGAACUGCCUUCCGAAUUGGCAAAGUUCUUUGAAGAACAAGGCCAAAGCAAAAUCGAUUUCCUGGAUAACGUAUCUAUCACAGGCCAUUCAAUGGGUGGAUUUGGUGCGUUAUCGGGCUACUUGCUGCAUUACUCAGACAAUAAGUACAAAUCCUGCUCAGCGUUUGCACCUAUUGUAAACCCAUCUGUGGUACCAUGGGGCCAGAAAGCUUUCAAGGGCUACUUCAAUGACCCCAAGGAAGGUGAACAUUAUGAUCCAUGCAACCUGGUGAAGCAAGUAAAGAACACAAACAACAGCUCUAUUCUGAUCCACGUAGGUACUAACGACCCAUUCUUGAAAGAACAGUUGCAACCACACUUACUAAAGGAAGCUGCGACAGGGACUACAUGGGAAAACAAGAUUGAUAUAAACUUAGUGGAUGGUUUCGACCACUCUUACUACUUCAUCAGUACAUUUGUCCCAGAACACGCAGCUUUCCACGCCAAACACUUGGGUUUAGCAUGA